CGCGGCUUUUAGGCUCGUCUGUCGUCGCGCGCGGUGCUUUGGGUGCGUUGUGUUGCCGAUGGCUGUUAGCGAGAACGGUGCUGAUAGAACGGGGCGCCGGUGGCGACGCCGGGCUGUGCUGUGCUGUGAUGCUUUACUUCAUGGCCGCCCUCGCCUUGGGGAGCAGGCCCAUGUCUUGCGCCUUGAGCUGGGCUCAGCGGUGUGCCCAGCGCGGCAUCCGCUUCGUUCCCAUCCCUGUGAUGCCGACCUGAAACGGAGACUGGGAAGUUGUGGUUUUUGGGAAGUUUUAUAUUGUCCUUAGCGGUCCUGAAUGGUUAUCCAGAGCAUAAAUGAGGUAUGGGUGAUAAAUUGUGGGAUGGGUUUAAAUUGCUGAACUGUGUUCUUACACUGAAGUACUGCGACCUUUAAAGUGAAGUGGUACUUAGUACAUAAUAGACUAGAUUAAUGAAAAGAAACCCUACAAUUCCUAUGUUACAAGUUACCAAGCUGAAAUGGAAAUUGAGAGACAUAGUGAGAUACGUAUGCCUUUAUUUACAUGAAACCGUAAUCAGUAUGGAAACUAUGCAAGUCUUUUACCCUGUGAGUCCCUGACACAUUGAUUGUAUAAGCCUCUCAGUUACUGUUUAUUUUCUUGUCUGGAGGCUUCGAGAAGUUUGUGGGCUUAACCUACUAGGAGAAGUUCUCUAAGCUUUACUUAAAUAAAAAAAAAACUGUAGAACUGAGUUGAGUAUGGAAAGCAAUGCAUGGCCGUAGACAUGCUGGGGAUAAUAAUAAUAGGUGAGGUGACUACCUGUGAGACCCCAUUGGUGGUGUGGAAUGGCUUCAGAGUAAUUCACACCAACAUAAAAUGAAGCAUUCAGUAGCAUUAGAAUGAUUAGUUGUUCAAGUUCCCCAAAUCUUUUUUUUGCUGCUUAAUUAUCCUUUAACUGUUCCUGUUGGCAAAAGCAUUUCAAUAUGUGUUGAAGCUAAUGGAUAAUUCUAGCUUAAUAAAAUGUGCUUUUUUUUUUUUGUAGACAAAUGUUGAAGUUUUAUCAGAGAACGUUUUUGACUUCAUAACAACAAUUUAUUCUUUUCUGCACUGUAGGUCACGGAUAUGCAUAUAAUGUUAUGAGUUCUUGCUGCCAGUGUCUUAAAUCCUACCUUUAAAUAAAGCUUCAUGCAUCUUUAAAAAUCAACUAGCUUCUGUAAAAGUGUUUAAGAAGUUAGUGGGUUUAAGUGGAAGCUAAUUCUUUCAAUAGAGGGUCCUUUAAUAGGUUUAUACGUAUUCGUGCUGGGAGCUUAUUCUGUUACAUUAAAGGAACUAAGUUACUAUUUAAAGUAAUAUGUGAGAUUAUGAAAUUGCAAGGUGUAUGCAAUAGAUCAGAAUUGAAUUUAAGAAUCAGAUAUUCUUGUAGGUUGUCUCAUGGUGCACUUGUUUCUUGAACUAAGGCUGCUUUUGAUACCACAGUACAGAAGAGGAGGACAUUUCACUGUGAUUAAUAUUUGAUAUUCAGCAGUGACAUGUUGUGUUUCCAAUCUGAACAAGCAUUUCCUCAUCAGUGUCAUUGCUGCAGAGAAGGCUUAGUUCUCAAAACUAAAUCAAUACAUCCAAGUUUAGUCUACCUAUGCCAUACUCAUCUUACCGUUAGUAUGAAGGAGCACUUUAGAAAAAAGAACUCAACAGAUGUGAACUGUGCUGAUGUUAAUAAGUCACCAAAAGAAAACUCAGGUUUUUUUCCUGAAGCUUUCCACCAUUACAAGUAGUAUGCAUUCAUCCAUGAGGCUAUUGAUCUGUGUUCAAGAACUGUUUUUUCCUGUGACUUUAAUUCAUUCCUUCUCUGAAAUUUGACACUUCAAGAUUGUUUAUGUAGUAAUUCCCAGUGGAGAAAAUCAGUUGCAUCUACUUAUACUCUACUCAUAACUUGUGAUUUUCUGUUGCCUUACAAGUUGUAAAAGUGUCUUGAAGUAGUCCCAGCAGAAAGCUUCCUUGCCAGUCCUCCCUCCCCUACCCCAGUCUGAAAUCUUUUUUUUUUCUUUUUUUUUUUUUGGAGCUGAGUGGUUUGAAGUAUUUAAGGAUUUCAAAAAGUACACUAUCAGCACUCAGUUUUUUAACUGUGCAUAAAAAUUACUGCAUCCAGUAACAUUUGUCAUGAUGAUAGCAAAGUACAUUGUUUAUCUUGCCUUGUUUACUUUCCUCUGGUGGGUUGGCUUGUGUAGUAAUUAACAAAUCUGUAGUUCUUCCAGUGUGGCUUAUGACAGGAAAUGGCAUUGUUAUUGAUCGUAUUGAAUUGGAAAAAUUUCAUGUAAACAGGAUGAAUAGAUCUAGGAAGUCCCUAAUGGGUUAAAAACAGAGUUGUAAUUCUGUAACUCAGAAUUCUAGCUAGCCCUGGUGUUCAAAACAAACUGAUGUAGGACACCAAAAAGUUAGAUAUGUUGUUAACUCCUUUGGCUUGAGUUCACUUUUCUGUGUUUUCUUUUUGUUUGGAUUUUUUGUGCAGGAGAAGAGUUCAAACCUUAAAUUUUUUGUUAAAUUGAAUUUUCACUAUUUCAAUUUAAAUUAGUUAUUUUUGAUGGAAGGUUAGAUGGAGCUUUUCACACUUCCACCAACUAUCUAUAGAGCCCCUGAAAAAAAUCAAAACAGUAAAAGUACGCUUUAAAAAUAUAUAUAUGCUUAUAAAAAAUCAUAACAGUAAAAAACACAGUGGGCCCCAGUUUGAUGUGCUUGAUUACGGGGCUAGUUUCUGCCUCUCCUCUUGUAGGAAGUUAUCACUAACUUUGCUUAUCUCAAAUAACACUUCAGAUGUUUUGGUAGAACUGGUCCUUAUAUCUUUAUGCAAGCUGUGGCUUAACAUGCUGUAGACAGAAUACUUCUUAUCUCUCUUCUGUUCUGCACAAAGCUUGUUGAAGACUGGUUCAUAAAUGGAGCGCAAUCUUAAAAAGCAGCCAUUUUAGCAGGGCAAGUAUACCUGGAUCUCAAUUUCUUUCUAACAAACAGUUAAUGCAAGGUUACGCCUUCUGUUUUUGUUGCCACUGAUGUCUCCUUUAUUACAUGUUCAAUCUAGAAUUUAGGCCUUACUGAAGGCAGUAGGAAAAUUUACUUUGGUUUCAGAUCAGCAGUGUGCUCUGGUAGUGACAAAAGCUAGCUAUGUGCUGGGCUUCAUCAAGAACAGUGCAACCAGUACAUGAAUUGAUUAUUCCCUUCUGUUUGCUACUCAUUAGGCUGCAUCUAGAACACAGUGUCUGUUUUUUUGGUUCUUCAGUACAAGAAAGAUGUUGAAAAUUCCAUGCAAGUCCAGGGUGAAGGGAGGCUGAGAGGAGCAGGGCUUUUUCUGUUUGGAAAAGAGAAUGGAGGUGCCACCUACUAGCAGCUCCCCAGUACCCACGAUGAUUUGUACAAAAAAGAGACAAGUUCUUUAUUUAGAUGUAAAGUAGGAGAACAAGAGGUGAGAGGUGUAAUUUUUGUUGGGAGGUUCCUGCUGGAAGAGAAGGCCUACUUCGUGUUAUAAAAAUAAGCAUAACAAAACAGUCAUGUGAUUUGAGAAAACUUUGAGCUAUGUUAGUGUUUAUAACUUUCUUUAAUAUUUUUGUAUGGAAAAAAAUGCUGCUUAAUUCUAGUCUUAGUUUAACUCCUUGUGCAGUCAGCUGAUUGCCUUCACUUUUUGGAAGGUGUAAUGUAAUUCACUCAUAAGAAAAGCAGCAAUAUAUUUAUUAAUAUGAGCGAUUUAGCAAAUUUUUGAAACUAAGUUACAGUUGAUUAUGUGACAAUAGACUUGAUUAUAAAAUAUAUGAAAGACUUUAUGUACUACACAAAAACAGAGUCAGUGAAGUUACUAGGGAGGCCUUGUGGUUGAGUGAUGGGGUUCAGAAUGGAGUCCCCAUACUACUUAGGUGGUAAGAUGAUUGACUCGUAGGCAUAUUACAUAACUUCAGUUCUGAGCUAGAUGUUAAUUCCUCCAGAAUCUGGCUUGACCAGACAGUGAAUAGCACUGGAUUUAGGCUGCGGUUAGAUUAGUACUUGAUCAGUUAGCCCUUAGAUGUUGAGCAAGAUGCCAUUUUCUCCAGCAUCUAGCCUUGACUGGAAAGCAACCACUGUUAUGGUUCCCACCCACUCAAGCAAGUCUGAUGGUAAAAUGGUUGGGCUGCAGAGAGGAGGAUAAGGGGGAAACGCAAGUUGACGUCACUAAUUUUUAUUUUAAUGCAUUGUGUCUGGAAUGUUUCAUGGCCUUUGAAAGUAAUUUAUGCUGUGAUGAUUAGCUGUCUUAUACCCUGCUAGCAUAUGUUAUAUGAUGUAAAUGCUCCUCCAGAAUUAUUGCAUUGAUCUUUUAUGAAGAAUCAAAUUAUUAUUUUACAACCUUACAAUUGAGUGCUGAGUUGAUUAUUCAUGGGUUUGUGAAUGUAUGCCAGUUAUCACUGCAAAUCGCUGAGUAGAGGAAGAAAUGCACAACACAGUAAGAAUGGGGUUGCAAAUCAAGAAGAGUAGUUUGUUUUCCUUUGCCAAAGGAAAACUGAAGUGUAUUUUUAGCAGGGAGGUUGGACACAAUGAUCUCUUCCCAGAGGUCCUUUCCAACCCCUGCAUUUCUGUGAUUUUGUGAUCUUUAGGGCCUUCACAGAGCUGCUUUCCUACCUUUUAUGAGGAAAUCUUAACCUUCCACGAAAGCCAGCAGCCCACGCAGCGGGAUGGGAGGGAAUGGGAAGUGUACAGGCAGAAGUAAAUUGCUUGUUUAGUCUAUUUGUUUUUCACAAAGGUCCCAUAGUCUGUGGCAGCUUGUGUAUUUUGAAUGUUUUAUUAAUCCCUAUAUGUGUUGUUCAUGAGUAAAGGGAUGAUCUGUAGUCACUAAACAACAAUGAUGCUUUGAUUGACAAGUAGUGGUCAUUAGCUUAUACCUUGAAGCUGGAGUGCUGUGUAGCACUCCUUACUUUUAUCUCUUUAUGCGUCUUUUUUUUAAACUGUUGACAGUUUAUUUGGGUUUUUGAGCUUUCUUCACAUAAACAUUCUCAUCAGUUCAGUAAGUUAGCAGUUCAGCAGCGUUUUAGUCUUCUGAGGUCAUCAGAAGCGCAUCUUUUCUUAUGUAAUGCACUCACAUUAGGUGAUCUGUGCCUAAGAAAGGUGAUUUCUAAAAGGAAUGAAAGUUAUGUGAGUAGGAGAAAAACAUCAAGUUAGUGUCAUAAUUCCUUUUCUUGGUGAAAUAUGAUUAGUAUAAACAGAAGGGAGAAAAAGGCAGUAAGUCAAAGUGAAAGCAGAUGCUGACUGAGGAUGAAGCGUUCAGAGGAAAUUGUCAGUUACAGAUUUUCAAGAAUGUCUGGGCAGUGCACAACAAACAAUCCAUUAGCAUAAUACCAGUGUCACAGUAAACAGCUUCAGCCUCUGCCUCAUUCUUCAGUAGAGGUCCUUUCUCUUUCAUGGCCGGGAGAUUAGUGCAGAGUUCUUGCAUUACUAUGCAGUGUCCCUUGUGAAGACUUCCAGCAGAAAGCAGGGAAGGAUGUUGUAGUUUCCACUUUCUCAUGCAGCUAUCAACUUAGUUCUAUAAUUUUCCGAUGUAAUAGAAGCAGAAAAUGUGAUUGGGUGAUUACUGAAUGUAGAGAACUUGUGCUGUCCUUACAUGCUUGCUUUGUCAGAAAUGGCAGAACUAAUCCUGCCUAACACAUCCCUCUUCUCACUGAGCAUCUGCUAUUGUUUUUAAUUGUUUUGGUCUUCUUUUCAAAUAGAUUCCAUGUACCUAUUUCAGUUACUUUUGGCAUUUCACUGUCUAAAUUAGGUCAAACUGAAGAAUGAGAGAAGGGCCCCACCGCAAAAGAUGAGAAAAAGGCUUCACAGGAACUGGGGAUAGUUAAAGGUAGUUUACAGAAGUGAAUAUGUAGAGGUUGCUAGAAGAAUGGGAAUUGCAGACACUGGGACUGAGACAAUGUGGGGGUUAGAGAACAUAAAGAUAAGAGUUUGAGAACAGCCUGAGGACCUCUGGCUGGGAGGUGAUAAGAUGUCCUCAGGGCAGGCUAGAACUGGAUAGGGGCUGCCCCUCCCUCAGGGUCAGAAGUUUACAACAAGGAAGACUACGAGCCUUACCUAGAAAGACUGCUUCUUCAUCCCAUGACCACCAGGAGGAGGCCCCCCCACAACUCACUGCACAUGUGCGAGGGGGAGGGCCUGCAUGCUAAUGGAUUCCCAGAAAUGUAAUGAAUAUGUAUCCAAUUUCCUGGAAACAAUUGAUUAUGUAUUAGUUUGGCCUAUAUCUAUAGCUCUCUUUUUCCUCACAGCUGCAAGUUAGGCAGAUCUAUCCCCCUUGCACCCAGCAUAUGCGCACUGUUGAAAUAAACAUACCUGCUCUAAUUCCUUAAUCUGGCUAUAGAGUUUGAUUUCUGCACAUCAGUUUGGCAACUCGGAUGAGACAACCUCUGUUUGGCUGUGGGACCGGCUGAGAGGUGAGACAUCUUUGGUGUGCCCUGAGAUUUCACAGAAGGACUCUCCUUCCUCAUCCAAUCACUGCAGGAACAGACAAGGACCAUUUGUCGGCGGGCCAGUAUGUGCAAUGAGUUCUCUCAGAUAUUUCAACUGUGUCAGUUCGUGAUGGAAAACUCCCAAAAUGCUCCUUUAGUUCAUGCGACUUUGGAAACUUUGCUACGAUUUCUGAACUGGAUUCCCCUGGGAUACAUAUUUGAGACUAAGUUAAUCAGCACACUAAUAUACAAGUUCUUAAAUGUUCCCAUGUUUCGGAAUGUCUCUUUAAAGUGCCUCACAGAGAUUGCAGGUGUCAGUGUAAGCCAGUAUGAAGAACAAUUUGUAACGCUUUUUACCUUGACCAUGAUGCAGUUAAAACAGAUGCUUCCUUUAAAUACUAAUAUCCGACUUGCCUACUCAAAUGGAAAAGAUGAUGAACAGAACUUCAUUCAGAAUCUCAGUUUGUUUCUCUGCACGUUUCUGAAGGAACAUGGUCAACUUAUAGAAAAAAGAUUAAAUCUGAGAGAAACAUUAAUGGAGGCUCUUCAUUAUAUGUUGUUGGUAUCAGAAGUAGAAGAAACUGAAAUUUUCAAGAUUUGUCUUGAAUAUUGGAAUCAUUUAGCUGCUGAGCUCUACAGGGAAAGUCCAUUCUCAACAUCUGCUUCUCCAUUGCUUUCUGGAAGUCAACACUUUGAUGUUCCUCCAAGGAGACAGCUUUAUUUGCCUGUAUUAUCCAAGAUCCCAUCUGACUCCAUGGACUUGGGCUCACCACCACUGAUUUUGUUUCGAUGGCAGCAAAUGGAUACACACAAAUGGAUAAACAGGGAAGAAGGAAGAUGUAGUGUAUUUUCAGAAUUCAGCAGAGCAAGAGCAAAGCUUAGGAAAUGGACUCUGAUACAGUCUAUGUAAUAUAGUAGUAAGUGCAUCAAUGACAGCAGAGCAGCAAGAGCCCAGGCAAGUGAGAAGUUGCAGUGGACACAGAAAUAAGGGAAGGAGGCCUGCAGAAGGCCUCAGAUGUGCACAUACCUCCAGAAAGAUAUCCUCAUCUUCACUGCCAACCCUUAAAUGAGGUCUGGGAAGAGAUGCAUCCUGGCUCCACCCUUUCUCAUCACUCAGGUAUGCUGCAUACAUCUGAGCUCCCCUGGGUUGGCCUUGCUUUCCCACCAGGUGCUCAAUCAUUAUUUCAAGCUGUGACUUAGCAUUUCCACUGCAGCCUGGUUCUUCUUUCUCUACUAUUUCAAUAAUUCUGUCAAUAUUGUAGGAUAACAAGCUUUGUGUUCUUCACAACAUCAGCGAGAUUUCUUUCUUCAAUCUUGAAUUUCAGCAUGAAUCACUUCCAUUGUUCUUUUCUUUCUGAGAACUAAGAUUUUCCGGGAUUUAGUUGUAAAAGCAAAGCAACCAACUGGUUUAUUUCAGGGCUUUGUUUGUUUUUUUUUCUUUUGAACUAGAAAUUAUCUGUUUUAUGCUGUUUGUUAGGGGUUUUUUUCUUGUUUAGAGAGACACUCCGCAGAGCCCGAUAACCCACGAUUGCCUCUGUCAUGAAUGAUUUGUGUAGAAGUAUGCUUGCAAGUAUGCCUGCGUAUGAAUUGGUUUCAUUCAAAAUGCGUAGGUAUUUUUGGCAUUUAAAACUGACUCUCUCCUACAUUGGAUAAAAGUGUUUUUCACUUAGUUCUGAAAUGAUGUGCAUUUCAAAGAUGCUGUUGUGUGAUUGGCAUUGUGUAAGUUGCUCCCAGCACUUGUCAUUAUAGGAAGUUCUGUUAGUCACACUGUAAUUAUGGAAUUAGCCAGUGAAGUUAAAAGUUUCACCAGUAGAUAUAUCUUUUGAAAUGCUAUCUCAAUAGGACCUUUUCAUGCUAGGUUCAUUUUUUGCAGUGUUCAGUAAGUACUUUAUAUUUAACAGUAUUGCUAGUUGUUACAAAUAUACAAUGAGCUUAAAAUGUAGUGUGCGUUUGUUGACUAUUUUUAUUGCGUGACGUGGUAGAAUUGAAUUCUUGUAUUACUUCUAAAUGUUCUCUUGACCUGGCUGAUAAUUCAUGUAAGUGCCAUGUCAUUGAUUGUCUUAGUGUUGCUAUACAUUUAUUCUAAAAACAAUGAAUCCUACGUUGAAGGUAAUAGGUGAUUCUGUGACAUUACAAUACUGUGAUGAAUAUAAUGAAAUAAAUGGAUUGUGCCAUCUACUGGUCUGAACAGAAUCUGCAUUUCAGUUCAGGAUGAGUUGUAUGUCCUAGGGAAGCAUUCAGUGUGUAAGAGAAGAAAAUCACCAUAAGUAAUGUAAUUUUUAAUGCCUUUUCUGUAUUGAUACCAUUGUGUCCUGUGAAAAACAGGAUGCAGGUGGGCAUCUCCCUGCUCCCUCUUAUCUGCUGGCAAGGCUCAGAAAAUGGGAAUCACAGAAUCACAGAAUCACCCCGGUUGGAAGGGACCUCAAGGAUCAUGUAGUUCCAACCCCCCUGCCUGGCAGGGCCACCAAACAAGGGAACAAGGGAGUUUCUGCUGCGAUCCCAAAGCCAGAAGUUGUCACUCCAAAGAGAGCUGACUUGACCACUUUGACUUAUAAAUAAGUUGGAAAGGGUCGCUGUCGUCAUUGUCAACCAAACACAACCCCCGACGACCUAUCACUACUGAAGAUCAAUAUCUGACCUACGAGCAAUGCUGGAAUCCGUGGUGGUGACUAUCUCCCUCUGGCUUCCUACAAAGACUCCUUGCUUUUAUUACAUAUCUUUUCUAUUGCCCAUCUUCCCUUCCCCAUCUCCCUCAAUGACUAGGAUUUGUAAUAAACUGGUCAGGCUAGCA